AUGAAUAAACCAUUAAUUUAUAUUUUGUUAUUAUCGUUUUGUUUAUUCAAUGUUUCAAAAAGUUUCAGUAAUUUUGUAACAGAUAGUUGGAUUACAAUUGUAAUAUCAGGUACUGAAAAUGCACCAAAAGCAGUAUCAUUACAUUCAGCAGCAUUAAACCCAAUUAAUAAUACAAUGAUUGUAUUUGGUGGUAAAGAUUCUGAUCAUUUACCAAAUAAUAAUUUAACAAUAUACGAUUUAAUUCAAGAUUCAUGGUUAGCAAAGAAUAAAAAUGCAAAUCAUACAAAAUUAAAUUUACCAGGUUCAAUACCAUCUGAACGUUAUGGCCAUGUUGCUUUAACAACACCUGAUAAUAGAAUGUUUAUUUUUGGUGGUAGAAAUCAAUCAACUGUUUUUAAUGAUAUUUAUAAAUAUAAUAUGGUUACAGAUAAUUGGGAAUUAAUAAAUGUUACAGUUAAUUUACCAAAAGGUAGAUGGGGACAUAGUGGUGUUUUAUAUUCAAUUUAUAAUUGUUUCUAUUUUUAUGGUGGAUCAAAUACAUUGAGUAGAGAUGGACCAUUUUUAAAUGAUAUUAUUAAGUUUGAUUUUGAAAGAAAUGAAUGGACAACAAUUGAAGAGAAACAAUUAUUUGCACCAAAAUUUGGUUUAUUUUUACACUCAUCAAUAAUGACAUUAACUAAUCAAAUGAUAGUUUUCGGUGGUAAAUAUAAUGAGAAUAGUACUACCACUACUACAUCAACAUCAUCAUCAUUAUCAUCAUCAAAAGUUAGUGGUGCAAUUUAUAUUUUCGAUGCAGAGAAUGAGAAAUGGGUAAAUGCAACAUUGAAUUCCACAUCAUCAACACCAGAUUCAAGAUAUGGCCACACCGCUGUAUUGACACCAUUGGGCACAAUGUUGGUAUUUGCUGGUAAUGAUUCAACUUCGAAUGCAGUUUCAUCAGUUUGGAGAUACAGUAUAGAGUUUAGUAAAUGGGAAUUCGUUUCAAGUAUUGGUAGUGGUGGUCCUGAUGCUAGAUCAGGCCAUACUUCAAUAACCACGCUUUUCAAUACUAUGAUUACAUUUGGUGGUCAAAGUUCUGGCACUAAAUAUUAUAAUGAUCUCUAUAAAUAUAAUAUCAUAAAUUCAGUUCUUAGAUCUUCUUCUGAUGGUACAACUUUGGUUGUAUUAUUAAGUCUUGUUGGUGCUAUGAUCAUUGGUUUAUGUUUCGCUUUAGAUUAUAUCACUGAAAAGAAUGAAAUUGCAAGAUUAGAAAGAUUAGAAAAAGAUGCUAUUGCUAAAAAUAAUGAAUUAGAAUUAAAAAGAAUUAAAAAAGAAAGAAAAGAUAAACAACUUCAACCAUUAUUUGAAAAAUUCUAA